ACCGCCACUGGCCUGAUCCAAUCCCCCAGCUCUGAAGCACCAGAGCGCAACAGUGGGCUGGGUUCGCUCCGCUGCAGCCGCCAUGGCCACAAGAGAUCAUUACUCAAGGAAACCACCUACCUCAGCCACUACACUGUCCACUUCUCGCCUCAUUCUUGCUCUCCUCUGCCUCGCGUCUCUCUUCAUCUGUUUCUCUCUCUUCAAAUCCGACAACGUGCAAUCUCCAGUGCUAAAUCGCUCGGCGAUGUCGAAGAAUAUUAACUAUAAAAAGUGUAACUACACGGAUGGUCGUUGGAUCUACGAUCUGACGGUUAGAUCUCCGCCGCGAUACGACCACACCUGCAAGGAGAUUUACAAAGGGUGGAACUGCCUUGGCAGUAACAAGUCUAACGCCCUUGAUAUUGUCAAAUGGCGCUGGAAACCUGAUGGCUGUGAUCUACCGCAGUUCGAUCCUCUUAAAUUUCUUCAAGACUUCAGAGACACCAAUAUUGGAUUUGUUGGGGACUCUUUGAACAGGAACAUGUUUGUUUCACUUUUUUGUACUUUGAAAAGAGUGUCCAGCGAGGUGAAAAAGUGGCGUCCUGUUGGAGCUGACCGUGGCUUUACUUUUAUUAGAUACAACUUGACAAUGGCAUAUCAUCGAACAAAUCUUCUGGCUCGUUAUGGUAGGUGGACAGCUAGCAACAAUGCUGGUGUGCUGGAAUCACUAGGUUAUAAGGAGGGUUACAGAGUAGAUGUUGAUAUACCUGAAGGAACAUGGGCAGAAGCUCCAAAUUUCCAUGAUAUUCUUAUCUUCAACACAGGGCAUUGGUGGUGGGCUCCUUCAAAGUUUGACCCUAUAAAAUCCCCCAUGCUUUUCUUUGAGAAGGGUAUACCUGUGAUGCCUCCAGCCCCACCUCAUGUUGGUCUUGAUAUGGUAUUAUCACACAUGAUAUCAUUUGUGGGGAAAAAGGCUCGACCAGGUGCAAUCUUAAUUUUUCGAACACAAUCUCCAAGACAUUUCGAAGGAGGUGACUGGGACCAAGGUGGUUCCUGUUCUCGUUUACAGCCUCUUGCUCCUCAAGAAGUACAGGAAUUUUUCUCUCUGAAAAAUAAUGGAACGAAUAUGGAAGCAAGACUCGUGAACCAACACCUGUAUAAAGCGCUGAAAGGUUCUGUGUUUCACAUAUUGGAUAUAACACGGAUGAGUGAAUAUAGAGCUGAUGCCCAUCCAUCUGCAGCCGGUGGGAAAAAACACGAUGACUGCAUGCAUUGGUGUUUACCUGGACUUACAGAUACUUGGAAUGACUUGUUUAUGUCACAUCUAAACGACUUUAAGCAGGUCUUCGAAGGACAACAUGGAUACUAUGAUUCAGGAAAUAAAGAAAUGUCUGGAAUUUUGCUGGGAUUGACAAGUGGUUAAACUCUGUCAAUAGCAUUUUAAUGCGUUUGAAACAAAAGGUUGAUGUUUAAAUUUCAAUCAUGCUCGGUGAGGUGUUAUUUUUUACCGGAAUGAUAGCUAAUGGGACAUCAAGAAGGGGACACUACACAUGAGAAAAUGCUAUUUGUACAUUAUCAUUAAUAUAGAUUGAUGAGGUGGCAAUAAAUUGAACUAAAAUUGUCAAAAUCUAUUCACCACUCAAAGGGUUAUAAUGUGAUUAAUGAAAAAAGUGAGGAUUUUUUAUUGAUUAAUUUUUGGUUGGUGAAAUUUUGAUUUAGUCAAAUAUUGCCACAUCAUUUAUUGGUAAACAAAUCUGUAAGUUGUGAUGUAUAUAUAGGGAUGAGAAAGUUCUUUGUCCUCGAUCUGCCCUACAGUGUUCCACCCAAACGAGGAGCGAAAUUCUCGUCCAACAGGUGGGGAAAGGGGACCAUAUCUUUCAAAAUCGAUACAUGAGUUGUAGGCUUUAUUUUGAUAAGAUCUUGUUGUUCUCAUUGGGAUAUAUCUAGAUCCUGAAAAAUAAGAAUAAUGAUGUGUUUGAUGCAUAUUGAAUUGGACCACAUAGAUGACUUAUU